CGGAUAGGUGACGCAUCUCUCGAGCCUCAUUCUGCAAAUUCCACCUUAUUAUAUAAGACUCAAUUACUUGCACUAUUCGAGUUAAAAGACAAAAGAAACAUAUGAAGAGCCAGAUAGUACGAGCAUUCUGUACUCAAAUACCAAACAUGCAGCGAUCACCCUCCGAAUUCCUCACCUCUCCACCGCCUGCCAACGCUCGAUGCCAUCGCAUUAACUUCGAGACUUCUCAACCACCACUCCCAGAAUACAAAAACCUCUGCGCAGCAGUCAUAGAUAACGCGUUCACCGAAGAAGAAUGUGCUGAACUCAUCCGCAUUGCGGAGUCCAGCACUAUCCCUUCUGGCGAUUCUACCGCGACACCUACCUGGGAACGCGCCAUGAUCAACAUCGGAAAUGGCAGGCAAGCGCUCGCAACUGAUACGCGGAAUUGCGGGCGCAUUAUCUAUGAUUCUGAGGAUAUAGCUGAUAAGCUGUUGGCCCGGUUACUGCCAUUUUCCAAGGAAUUGGGGAUUGACAAGAUUGACAAUCAACCUCGGGUGACGGGCCUUGCAGGGCGGAAUAAAGCUUUUGGAAUGACUCGGUUAAAUGAACGGCUGAGGUUCCUCAAGUAUGAAGGGGGGGAGUACUUCCGGCCGCAUUGGGAUGGGCUAUAUAUGACGCCUGAUGGAAAGGAGAAGUCGUACUAUACUAUUCAAUUGUACUUGAAUGGCAAUGGGGAGCAGGAUCUUGGGGAAUUGAAGAGGGAAAUGAAGAGGGCUGAGCGAGGAGAGGGGGAGGUAAAUAUGGAUGUGAAGGGCGAGCUUCUGGGUGGAGCGACGUCUUUUCUACCCCGGUAUGAGGAGAAGGAGAGGCAUUUGCGUGUCUUUCCGAAGACCGGUUCGGUGUUGGUGUUUCAGCAGAUGGAUCUGCUUCAUGGCGGGGAUCCGGUCUUGAGAGGCACGAAAUAUACGAUGCGGACGGAUGUGAUGUAUCAGCAGUUGUGAUCGCUGUAUAUUUGUUUUUACUAGAAGAAAGUUUAAUUCUGUUAGUUGGUGUUCUUGUGUAGCUUUCAUGUGGCUGAUAUGAGAAGACUCAAAUGUUGGAUGUCUGUCAGAGUAAGCUGACGUUGUUUCCGGCGAAGUUUUCCUCUAGUUGCAUAGUUACCCUGCUCACCCGAAGUUAAUUGCAUUAGACCAGAAGUUGGACACGAGCGAACCACAGCAGAGCUGACUGCAGCAAGCCGUUGCUGCGCACCUCAGCCUGCGAUACGAAGCUGACUUGGUGGGAGCGAUCUUCUGGUUCCGUGGACUCCAUCCGUCAGCUCCGGACCCACUGAUCGCUGUGACAUCAGGGUCCUUGUGUGAAUGUAUACCAGAGCCCUUGCGGGUCUCUUAUCCCUAAGUAAUGAGUACUAGUUGUAAUGUAAAUGCCUUAAUGCGUUCAAAGCAAAUGAUUGACUCACAAUUGGGG